CUUUCCUAGGUGGCUAUGGACCCUCCUAUGAGGCAGGGCCAGACGCGCUACCCUUUUCUGAUUCUCAUCCUCAACAAGGAAGAGUCGAUGGAAGCAGAGGUGGCAUUGUCAGAAGAAGAGCUGGAGAAGCAGUACCAGGGUAAGCUGACUCAGCAGAUGAAUGGGCCUAUUUACGAGGUGCUGAGCCGCGUCAUGAAGGCGGUCGCUUCAAAGAAGAUCGUCGUGCCUGGCAAUUACCGAAGUCAGCGCGGCGGGCAGUGCAUCAGCUGCAGCUACAAGGCCAACCAUGGCAUGCUAUUCCCGCUGGAGAAGGGCUUCAUCUUCGUGCACAAGCCCGCGCUGCACGUGCGCUUCGAUGAGGUGGUCGCCGUCAAUUUCUCGCGCGGCGGCACUGGAACUCAUCGGUCGUUUGACUUUGAGUUAGAAGUCAAGAAUAACAUUGUACACAUCUUCCAGAGUAUGGACAAAGAUGAGUACAGUCGCUUGUAUGACUUCUGCUCAGCCAAGAAGCUCAGGAUCCGCAAUAAGGGCGGCAAGUCGGGCAGUGCAACGUAUCGCGAUGACUUUGACGACGACGACAGUGACCAAGAUGCGUAUUUGGGGAAGGUGAAGGCGGAGGGUGCUUCCCGCAUGGACGAUACAGACUCUGAUGAUUCAUCGUAUGUUGCUGGCGGUAGCGGAGAGGAUAGUGCUGGUGAUUUGGAGUUUGAUUCUGAUGCUAUGUUGUCGAGUGAUGAGGAGAAUGCAGCCAAGACAGUCCCGGCUGUGGAUGAGAGCAAGAAGAGGAAGAAGGCACCAAGCAAGCCGAAGCAGCCAAAGGAGAAGGUAGAAAAAGCAGAAAAGAAAGAAAAGAAGGAACCGAAAGAAAAGAAGGAACGGAAAGAGAAGAAGGAAAAGCCAUCAGCCAGCUCUACGAGUGUGGCGAAAGCCAAGAAGAAGGAAGCACCGAUCUCGAAGGAGGAGAUCAGUGAUAGUGACAGUGGUGGUAGUGAUGUUGUCAUGGAGGAUGAGAGUGAUGAUGAUGGGGCACCGCCGGCAAAGAGGUCCACACGCUCACGACGCGGACAGUCGAACGACGAGGAGCUAGCCCAGCUGCCGUCCGAAGGCUCGAAUGAUGAGGAAGAAGCCGAGCUAACGUCUGGAGCUAGUGACGUAGGCAGUGAUGAUGGUGAUGAAAGCGACUGAGCAGACUGAGCUAAGCUUGCGCGUGCGUGCGUGGGACCAUUGGUAACCAUUUGCCGUGCGUCGACUCCCUGCUGUUUCCGUGCUUUGUGUGUUGUUGUCGCUGUGUGUCUUUAUGUGUGUGUGUGUGUGUGUGUGUGUGUGUGUGUGUGUGUGUGUGUGUGUGUGUGUGUGUGUGCAUGUGUGUGUGUGUGUGUGUGUGUGUGUGUGGUGUGUGUGUGCGUGUGUGUGUGUGUGUGUGUGUAUGUGUGUGCGUUCAUUUUCAUGAAUGUGUUCAUUCACGUGUUGUGUUGUUAAAUUUGUUUUACUAUGUUGGCGUCUCGUUGUCUUUGUGUGGCUUUGAACUUUAAAUUACACUGCUGCAUGUUGAGCCGUACGUUGCAGUACAUCAGAUGUUCAUGUGCCAUUGAAUGUAUAUAUUGGACCCUGUAGUAAUUCCCACACUGUUGCUGCCACCGAAAGUCAUACAGUUUGGUUGUACAUGUUACAAUACCCCGUAGCCUUCUCUGUUUCUGCCCCUUCUUAUGCUGCUUAGGCUUUCUCACACUUCUAUGACCUGGCCUGGUUGCCAUGGGUUUUUUUAAAGACUUGAAUUCCUUACUCUGAUUGAGCCUCUGUCUGUGAUUCGAUGCUCUUAUACACGCUUUGCUUUGCUUGGCCAACUACUCGCUUCA